CCCCUUGGUUACCACAUCGUGGCCUAUUUGGCGAUUGUACUGGGAUUCUCUGCCAAUCCCUUUAUUUGUUUCUCCUUCGCUUAUUUCAGACGAGUACGAUCCGUGAAUAACUAUUUUGUUGUCAACCUGGCUGUUAUCGACAUAUUAUUUAUAAUUCUCCUCUGUAUUCAGUUAGCAGCGCCGGCCCUGCAAAAAAGAAUGUCAACUGAUAAUUUUUAUUACUUGAAGGAGACUUUACUCAUUACAGAACAAUUCUGCUACUCAGGAUGCAUGGCAGCGGUGACCAUCAUAAGCUAUGAUCGGUACUAUUCCGUCAUCAAGCCUCUCCAUUACUACACCAAUAUUACCCACACUAAAGCAAUAAUUUUUAUUGCUUGUAAUUGGAGUUAUGCGACGGUGAUGGCAUUACUGCAAUUGCUUUUUUAUCUUCCCAAUGAGAAUUAUUUCAAAUACGGUUACCUCUCGUUAAUGGGACUUACCAAUGCAGUGAUUCCUUUGUAUGUCAUACUAUAUUGCUAUAUGAACAUCUUUAUUAUCGCUUCGCGACACCUACGACACAACCCGCACCGUGGACAAGAUCAGAAUGGCGAAGCUAGUGUGUUCACAAAGAACCUGAAAAUAGCAUUUCAUAUCCUUGUUCUCGUUGCUCCUGUCCUUCUUUUCUGGAGCACUUUCUCCGCUGUAACGAUUAUAGAGGUUCACUGCCAAGAUUGCAUACCCAGUCAUAGUUUUCUGAGUACAAUAAUGAGUAUGACUCCAAAUGUGAUAGCCUCAGUCGAUCCUAUUAUAUACAUUUUCCUCACCAAAGAUUUCCGUGAGAUCAUUUGUGGCUGGUUCAAACUCCACAGGAGUCAUCCUUUCUCCGUCAGCGAGACUUUUCACCUUUCAACGACAAAAUCAACAAACCCUCAGGUUUUGCCGGCGGCAAAGAGACUCGUCAGCGAAAGCGGGGAUUCUUUGGAGGGUUCUUAUCGUCUAUAUUAAACAUUUUUGCUUUAGUUGUGGUUUUGGCAAGGUCUGAUAACAAGAAUAGGAAGACUUCCACCAGCGUGACGUGAAACAAAAAGUUUAGUCAAAUAAGGAAGCACGAAUUUGAAUAUUAGAACGAAAUAUCAAGGAUCUGUGACCUCGGGAAACACAAAAGAAUAACAAGGGAUUAUUUAAAAAUUUACGAAGCAAACAAAAGAAUUCGACGGAUUUUACCUCUACAUCUGCAUUACAAAAAAACAAAAAAUAGAAACUACAGCCAAGCAGAUAAGGAAAAUCUUCUGAUAAUUCCAGUUUGCUGAAUCUUUGUAUUGAUUGGAUGAUGUCAUAUCUGAUAAAAAUAUUUAUAUAUAGGAAAGAAAUUUAAAACGACCAUAAAAAAACGGUCUGGUUUUGAAGAUACUGCGAGCAAUUGCUGCUAAUAACUUUUUCUAUGUCAGAUUUGAAUUAGCGAAAUGACGACAGUCAAAAUGUUCUUUUUAAACCGCCUAAAAGUUUAAGCUUAAUGAUCGUUUCCAAAGGAAAAUUUAUUAGACUGCUUGCAAUUUCCAAAGCACUUACAGGGGAAAAUCAAUUUAAACAGACUACCGGCAGCUUUGAUGAACGCUUUCUGUCUUGAAUGACGAUAAGUCCAAAUGUUUUCGGAUCUGUUUGACAUACCAGCUAUUAUUACUUAUGAAAAAUUGAUCCAAGUGUUACGUGUAAAAUGUCUUAGACAAACACAUAUCAAGGUCAUAUUUCAAUGUAUAAAAUGCAAAUCUCUACCAGAAAGACACUGUUAUUUUUAACUCUUUCAUUUUCAAUGGCUCCAUAGAAGUAAAAUUGUUUUGGUAUUGUCUGUACAUAUAUUGAUAUCCGAGGAGCACAAUGAUGUUAAAAUCUUAAUUACCAAAAACUGAAAUAGCGGCCUUCAUUGACUGACACUGAUGGCAGGUGUACCUCGUGUGACACUUCUCCUUUUCAUGGAUUUGCAAUUAAUUUUUACUUGUCAUUUUCACACGUCAGUAGCCGGAGAAGCUUGGAAAAAGCUUAACCCAUAGACUAAGCUGAUUUUCGUAUUUUCAACCGAAAGUACACAAGUGCUCUCGUUUGGGUAAAUCCUUGUAAAUGGAACAAAAAUUGGGAAACUUUUAAGGGGGAAAAGCUAAGUUCCGGGAGGCCAUAAAACAGGAUUUGAAGCAAAUCGCAUAAACCUAUGACAAAUAAUAAUUUAAUGAUUUAUAUCGUCGGUUUGUUCAACGAAGUCGUGCGGCGCAACAUUCCUUCUAUAAACGACCCACUGAAGAAGAUAAAUGAUAGGUAAUAUCAAUCAGUUGCAUACAGGUUUUAGGCGCAUCAAUAAUUUACUUGGUUUAUUUCAAACAGCGAGAAAACAGUUUAAAGCUAACUUGGAUCAAUACCGUAAACUCGCCUCAUUGCAACGUAGACGAUUUUCAAUCAUAAUUUAAGGUGAAACAUUCAUAACUCAUAGCAUAAAUAAUUAAAUUGACUUAAAAGGUUUUAAGAUCAGAUCAAUUUUUAAAGCUGCAUAAUGUGUAGGAUGAUGAAACAGUAUAUUGAUAGAUGUUUACUAAGGUAAGUCCUUUCUAUUACGGAUAAUGUAAUGUCUGAAAGAAAUAAAGCCUAAAUGACAGACUAAAGAAAACGAAAAGACGAACUGUCUCCAUUCAUUUGUACGCUAGUCAAUUCCUUCGUAAAGAAACUAGUUUAUUAUCCAAAUACUCAUUAAUAAAGUGAAACUUCAAACUGGCGAAACGAUAAGUCAUGUUUAAUAAUACGCAAAGUUCUGAAAUAAAAGCAAUUCACUACAACAAUGGUUGUUUCUGUUGUUGUUGUAUCGAAAUUGAAAAAUCCUGCCAAUGGUCAUUGCAAAUUUUUAUUGGAGCAUCGCCGGCGUUUCAUUAAUAUCGAAAGAGGAAUCAUGCAAAGUGGAAAACAUCCAAUUGCUUUAGCUUGGAUAAGGUGAGAAAUUUCGAUUCAGGCGCUAAAUAUUCUAAGGGUGCGUUCGAUAAAUUGACAACAAAAUUCGUGCAAGUUAUUUCAAAUCAUCUUAUAACAAUUAACAAUUAUCCUUUUGGGUAAGGUAAGAACCUUAGUAGCUUGUUUUUCAGGCCCUCGAAGAUUUAUUAAUUAUCGAACGAAAAAUGUUAUCCGUCAAAAUUUUAUCUAAAUGAGUUGUUAAGUGUAUGCAUAGAUACGAGACUGACUUCAACCACGCCCAGACGUUAAUUAAGUCAAAAUUAUUUACAGCUGUACUUUUUUAAGUUUUCACGACGUUUUCGUAAUUAUACAAUCAAUCCGCUAGAUAGCUUUUAGUGUGUGUUUAAACGUUAGUGAGACUUAAAUAUAUGGCUUGCUUACUUCCUUGUGGUACCAAGAAAUUUAGAAACUAAACCUCUCUUUUAAGCUGAACGAUACCGAAAUAUUCUAAAUUCUCUUGAAAGUCAAAUAGAGCAUAAUUGAAUGAGGUUCUUGAGAAUGAUUACAAUCUUGUCAUGAGAAUACUUGGAAGAAAAAAGAAACAAAUGCUGAAGUAAUGCACGGAGUCUGAUAUCACUUGAACUACUUGAAAGAUCUCCUUGAAAUGCGCUCUAGACUAGACGGACCUUUCAUGAACUUUUUCCCAUUAACGUAAAGCGAUAUGCUAUGCUAAAGAAGUCACGUAAUUUACAUUUACGUAGCGCAUUUUUCUCUGAAAUUUUCAACCUCUGCAUGUUUUAUGACAAAAAUCUCACAUGGAAGAGAUCUCAGGCAAUGAAGGAGAAAGAGAAAAACGUUUUGGAGCUUGACAUAGUCGCAGAUCUUUUUCCUAUAAGAUUAUUCUUUCUUUUGUACUCUGAGGCUGUAGUCCUGAUGAAUUUUGAAAACAGUGUUAAUAAUUACUCUUAUGGUCAAGACCGCAGACAGACUGCAUCUUUCAAUUUGGUCAGUUUUCUGUAAAGUUUCUGAGUAGCGGUUUUUUUCCUUAGCUGGACACGCUUACAAUUCUUGCUGAUCUUGUCUUGUUUCUCGUGCGGAAUGAUUUCGUUGACUGAUUUUACCUCCAUAUCAUGAAAAGGAGAUCAACUUUAAUAGCAAUGAGUUUUAUUAAUUGAUCUAAAAAAUGGCCGUAUAUGGCCAUUUAGGAGUAAUGAAGGCAGCAGCUUCAAAAUACCCGCGGGAUAUUUUAAAAUUAAAGUAUUAUUUUUCUCUAAAAUGUUUAUGUUUUCGCUUUUCUAGGUCACUAAAAGCCAUAAAAAAGGGCGAUGAGCAAGGUUCCGACUAUCGCUUUCUGUAGUAAAUAUUAUCAAAACGAUUUUCAUCAUUAAGUUAAGGCUCCACAAAGGGAGGCGCUCACCAGCGAUAAUCUUGGCUUUGCCUUUGAUUUUCUUCAAUUUGCUUCCGUGAAAUCCCUCAAAAUUUUCACAAUUUGUAAAAUUUGUCUUGCCGAUCAUUUAAAGGCUGAAAAAAAAAGGGGUUACAUUGGCAGUUCCCUCGCUAUUUGCAAUUUUGUGUUUUCUUCCUCAAUCUCAAAUUUUGUCUUGUGAAUUUCUUUUUUUAUCAACAUACACUAGGAAGGGCAUAAAUAUGUUUAACGGUCCAGUAAAUCUUUGGAAAUUCCGCCGAAGGAAACGCGAUAAAUCUUGCAAGAUUCCUAUUUUCUUUGUCGCAAAAUAUUACCAAACUGAAUAGAACUUCGCCAAGUUCUAUAUCUAACUUUCGAAUCUGUCACGGUCUGUCGCCUUUUGGCAAUCUUUCCCAAGGUGUUUUCUUUUCGGUUGACCUCUUUUUCAGGCGUAAAAGGCCUAUAAAUAUUACGGGUGCAUUUGUUGGAAACCCUAGAUUCCAUUAAAUAAAAACUGUAUUGAUUGAAACUGUUUUUAACACACCUUUUCAGAUAACAACCGUGCGAUCGUAUCGAGCCGCCACGUUCGUUUGCAAGUUGACACUUAUCAAGCUCGCGCUAUGUUCGCACUCAGAUCUCACGCGGUCAAAAAAAGUUGAGAACGCUUGGAUCGCAAAAUUUAAUGCCCUUUUUUCAUAUCUGCUUAUGGAAAUCGCGAAAACAAGACCCCGCGAAAUAAAUUCUUUGCACCAAUAGAAAUAGGGAGGCAGCUCUCCGGAUAGACUUUUAUCCAGUGGAUAGCGUUGUCCAACCUUCAAACAACUGGGACCAGUAUUGCAGUCGAAGAACCAAUUAAGACCGAUAGUCACGGCAAAAAUGUCGGACCAGGUCGGAUAGGGAGGUUCACCAAUUUGGCUUCCUCUGCUUUCUCCUUUUUGUAAAUUCUUCCUCUUAUUUUUUUUGUUAUAAAACAAUUCUACAACUUUUCCUCUGUGUUCUGAAUAGUGAAUUUUGUUGCGGAAAAAUGUGAAGGGAGGGUUGAUCCGAUCCGGCUCCAUUUUUACGGACUCACUUUUUUCAGGCCAUGUUUUCACUGCUGUUUAAGUAAUAUUCAUUACUGCGAAGAUCGCUUUCAUACCCAUUUCUUAAACUGCAGUUCACAUGUAUGAUUUUCACACAUUCACGGUCAUUAAUGUAAUGGUUUUGUCAGAUCACAUCUGGUUUAGUGCAAUGAUAAAGUUGUCCGUUUGGAUUCAGUCAUCAAUAUCAGUGUCUUAUCAAGCUUCUUCUCUAAAUUCACAACUGAUUCGUGCACAUCUUCCCGAAUAACUUUGAAUUAGUCAAAACAAUAUCAGCAUACUUUACUUAGAGAGGAUAGCACUUAGCAGUUUCAAAAAAGUGAUAAUCCUGUGGCUCUCUAAAAAUAACUAAAGUGAAAUACAUCUAAAUUCACCUUGGCUUCGUUAGUUUAACAUAUGAUAAGCGCGGAUAUUUUGACGGCUGCUUGGCAUUUUUCCGGACCCCGAAGGGGCGAGGAAUAUACGAGAAAUUAGCAGAAUGUCUGCUUGUUUUAUAUAUGUUAACCCACUGAAUAAAAGAUUUAUUAUUCCACUGUCAUUCCGCUUUUUAGUAUUUUGAUUUCAGUUUGCGAAAUACAUCCAACAGCCUUAUUUGUGCUUCGUAUCGAUCACAUCAGGAGUAUGCGAAAGAUGAAAACAACACCAACGAAACCCUUAAAGUCUUCCUUGAGACUUAUUUAAAAAAAACUCUGUUGCGCGUAAGAGUUAAUUGAUCAUUAGUUUGUCUUCAACAGUCGCACAUACGUCAAAUAUGAGCAAUCCACCUGGUAGCUUCCUCUCUAUCGACCAAUCAAAGAAAGCUGCAAACGGCGCCAGCAAUCAGCUUGUUUCAUAAUGUAUAAACCAAAUUAAUCACCUUUUCAGACUUCGCUGACUUAGAAGGCUGACAUAGUCAACUUUGCACUAAAAUUGAAAAGUUUACCAGAAGAAAAGGAUCGAUCUUUAAUAGUUUACUGGUACGUUUAGUUCUUUUUCAGGUACAAUAUUGUCUCUAAAGUCUGUUCUGUUUCAUUCUUUUUCCCGUUAGGACAUCCUUUUGAAAACUCAAGACCAAAAGUAAUGUUCAAAUCGAUUUCCUGUUUUUGCGGCUUAAUUUCACCUCAGUCAAAACUUCAAGCGAAGGCUUGAAGAUGUCUUAAACACCCAUCAGGUGAUUCGUUUUCGGAGUUUUUUUUCCAAGAUUUUCAUCGCCUUUUGUUUGGGGGUUCAAAUCGUGUUACUGCAUUUGAAAAUUUAAAAAUGUUCGCUGAGAACUAUGUUAUGAGCUGAGAACUAUGUUAUGAACUGAAUUACAUAAUAAGGACAAUCCACGAGGCGAGAUUAUUCUCACUUUAGAUACCGAUUUUAUCUGAAUUUCCUGCUGUUAUAACUGAAUUCAUAGUUUAAACUUUCAAUUUACAUGGCUGAGAUUUGCGGCCAAAGAGAGAGUUUCCUUGGGGUCAACACAGAAAUAUCUGUUCGCUUAUUGGUGAUAAGUUUGGUAUGAAAACGUUAUUAUAGUCAUGGUUACUGCUUUUUGCAAAAAUUUACUCUAAACCUUGACCAUUCGUCUUCUGCCAUUUUGUUUUGUUUUCCGUCAAGCAUCCUUCUUCCUUUCUGAAUUAUUUCUAUCGAAUUCAAACACUUUUUCAGGUUUCGUUAAUUAGACUUAUCAUUAGUGCAUCGUGUUAUCUAGGUUGAUAUAGCUCCUUAGUUUUAGACGCUUUUAUUCUUCAUUCUCAAGAUUACAAAAGUGAAAAGCGUGCAUCUUUAUCUUAAUAAAAAGAUCUUAUUCUUUGGUUACGUAAUAUUUAAUUUUCGCCAGCAGAAGAGCCUCAGGCAAGGGACUCAUGAUGUAAAUAGCAUGGGGGAGGGGGCAGGGGGCAGCGGGGAGGGGAAUGGGGAGGGGGAGGAGGGGAGGGAUCCUUCAUUACAACCCAUUGACUGCAGGCCCGGCUGUUUUAUUUUUGUCAUAAAGAAGAGGUCACAUGCACUGCGGGACCUGCGGGAAAUGCCCCUUUACUCCCUCUUGUAGUGAUUGUUAAUAUACAAAUUCUCGCGAUGAAAACACAAUUUUUUUUCACUUUCUCUUAUCACAGAAUCUUAAGAAACAAGGCUCAAGAAGAUUCUACCAUGGCUACUCCCACGAAAACUAUUAUUGCCACAACCGACCAAUCACCAUCUCCCACCGUCAACAGAGAAGUUGUCAUAGUAACGUCUAUCCUUAUUUUCAUCCUUGGGUUUGUUGGGAAUGCCUUCAUCUGCUUUGGAUUCUGUCGUUUUCGUCAACUGCGCUCCCUUACCAACUAUUUCGUGCUGAACCUCUCCAUUGCAGAUCUUCUGUUAGUGACGGCUCUCGCAGGAUGGAUUAUACACGAUCUCCGUGGGAAUCCACCCGAUGAAAAGAUUCUGAUCGUACUUCUCAUCAAUAUCGACGUGUUGUGUUUCUCGACAUCGAUGCUUAACAUGAUGACAAUCAGCUUGGACAGGUACUGCGCCGUUGUCUAUCCUCUCCAAUACCCACAUAUUAUUACAAAGUCACGUGCUUGCAUCGCUACUUUCCUUAUUUGGGCGUACUCUUUAGCCAUGGCGGGUAUUGGUGUGAGUCGAUUUUUCACGGACGCAAUGGAAAAUUCCGACAAGAUAUUCUUGUCUGUGUUAAGUACCGUCAAUUUUGUGAUCCCGGCUGUGGUGAUGGUUCUCACGCAUUUAAGCAUCUUUAGAAUUGCUUGGAAUGCAAAGCAACGAUCGAUGGCGGAUCUUGGCGGUAUUGAAGGGGUGCAUAACAUGAAGGAAUUGCUCCUAAGCCUGAAACUCUCCUUCAACACACUCGUCAUCUUGUUCCCCAUGGUAACGGCGUGGGGCAUUUUUUACGGAAUAACGGUUUCAGAGACACUCUGGCCGACCCAGAUUCAACUUUCCGCAGGGUUUUCCAUCGCCGUUGGUCUUCUGCCGCAUAUAGCAGCUGCCAUCGAUCCCAUUGUCUACAUACUCGUCACACGUGACUUGCGCAGGAAAUUGUGUCAUUUUUAG